AUGGGAGACGAAGGAGUAAAAUGGCUUACAACAACGAGUACGACAGGGCUGCUUGCUCUCUCCCCUAUUAGUUAACGUCUAUUCGGAACACGUUAUGAGUCAGCCCUUAAAGCAUAUCGAAGAGUGUAUUCUCAUAAAUGGUAAACGCCUGAAUAACAUCAGAUAUUCAGACGACACCAUCCUCUUUGCAGACAUUCUAGAAGGUUUACAGACACUAGUAACGCAGUUGUGGAGAAUCAGUCAGGAGUACGGGCUUGAUUUUAACAUCAAGAAAACAAAGUACAUGGUCAUCAGUAAGAAGUAUAUUACAUCCAGUCAAUUACUGGUAGAUCAGCAACAAAUACUCCAAGUGCCCCAUUACUACUAUUUAGGAACCACCAUAAACGACCAAUGGGACCACUCAGUUGAGAUAAAACAGAGAAUUGAAAAAGCCAGGUCAGCGUUUGUCCGAAUGAGCAAGAUAUUUAAGAGCCACGACCUACCAUUAAAAACAAAAAUCUGUUUAUUGAGAUGCUACGUGUUUACAGUGCUGCUCUAUGGGGUUGAAUCAUGGACACUAACCGAGGCAUCCAUGGGAAAACUCGAGGCAUUUGACAUGUGGUGUUAUAGACGGAUACUGACGAUCUCCUGGGUGAGCCGAGUAACAAACGAGGUUCUACGUCGGAUGGAUAAGACAUGUGAAAUUAUAUCCACAGUGAAACAGCGCAAGCUAGAAUAUCUUGGACAUAUAAUGCGAAACGACCAUAGAUAUAACCUGCUGCAACUUAUAUUACAGGGAAAGGUCUACGGAAAGAGGGGACCAGGAAGAAAAAGAAUAUAAUGGUUCCAGAAUUUACGAAAAUGGUUUUCCUUGAUCACUUCAGGACUAUUUCGAGCUGCGGUCAAUAAAGUUAGAAUGGCCAUGCUAG